CACUUGCCUCUCAGAGCUGCCGGUGCUCAGUGGACUGUGAAUCUUAUCUGAUUUUCCAGAGAGGUGUUUGGAGCUGGACUGAAGAGGCAGGGGCAAUAACAGGAAGUGACCAGAGGAACUGCUGGGCUGAUCACUUUUGCCACUGGAGUGGGCUGAUUGUCCAGUGAACAGCUCAGUGGGAGCUCAGACCAGUUCACAUACAGCUGGAAACAGACACCACUGACCAGAGACUGAGGAGGAUAUAAUACCACUCAUUUACUGAAGGGUUUUUCGAAUCGAGGAAGACUGCUAAAGGGACCAAAACACCUCUGAUGAUGAAACAGACUGCCUGCAGACAGAUGACUGAGCCUGUCUUCUGGGCAGGUGUCCUGGUCGUUUUAUGUGCCCUCAGCGCUGGAGCUGAUGUCUACCAAGCUCUGAAGAUGCCAUCCAUGUCGAGUAGAGUGCUGCAAAGACAUAAGAGAGAGUGGAGAUGGGAUAAAUUUUAUGUCACUGAGGAGAAUCCUCCAAAAAACCCACCUGAAAAAAUUGGAAAGUUACAUAACACACUUUUCGGUGCAUCUGGAAGAUAUAUUCUCUCAGGAGAAGGUGCUGAUAGCAUUUUUACUGUAAAUGACAUUGGGGAUGUCCUAGUCAAUGCAAAGUUGGACCGGGAGAAGAAAAGUGUCUACAAUCUGUCAGCUUCACUCAUCCACAGUACAACCAAAAUACAUCUUGACAAAGACGUCACAUUUACAAUAGUGGUCUUGGAUAUUAAUGACAAUAGCCCUGUGUUUCCACCUGACAUCUCCGGAUCCAUCAGUGAAUCUUCUCAUGAAGGAUCUUUAGUAAUGACAGUAACAGCAACUGAUGCUGAUGAUCCGAGCACUCAAAAUGGAAUGAUUGGGUACAAACUUCUGAAUGGGACAGAUCUCUUCUCCAUCAACAAUGAAGGUAAAAUCAGAACAUUGACAAGCAGUCUUGACCGAGAGAAACAGAGUCAGUAUCUAAUUUCUAUACAAGCCAAAGACAUGCGAGAUGUUAGUAAUUCUGGGAAUUCUGCUACUACUGUUGUGACUAUCAACAUUGAUGAUGUAAAUGACAACAUUCCCACCUUCAAAAAAGGAGAAUACCAUUUUAAUGUAAAAGAAGACAGCAAACCUGGAUAUGAAAUUGGCAAGUUAGAAGUGGAGGACAAAGACGAGAUACAAAACAAAGAUCCAUCUUUUACUAUACAACAAAAAUUUGAUGAAAUUUUUAAAAUUAAUAUAAGUAAUGUGAAAGAUGGAAUUCUAAGUCUUAAAAGGACUCUCGACUAUGAAACAGAGAAGAUGCACAAGUUUACUGUAAACGUGGUAGAGCGCACAGUGUCUAAAUCACCAGAUAACCAAGGACCAAACCUGCAGACGAGAGCCCAAGUUUUCAUCAAUGUAAUCGAUGUGGACGAACCACCUGUUUUCAGCCAGUCACAAUACAACUUCAGUGUGUACGAGGGCCCAAUGAAAAGUCCAUCCAUUGGAGCUGUUUCAGCAAAGGAUCCAGAUAAAAACAGUUACAAAAUACGCUACUCUAUAGAAGACUCGAACUGUCCUGUAGCUGUGGAUGCUGUACAAGGACGUUUGUUCUUAAAGAAGGAACUGGACAGAGAGGACAAAUCCUCAUACACAUUCCAGGUUACAGCACAGGAGGAUGUCCCAAAUGGUCUAAAGUCCUCUGCGACGGUUAAUCUGAAGGUUCUUGACAUUAAUGACAACUUACCAGAAUUAACUAACGGGAGCUCCGUGUAUGUUUGUGAGAGUGAUGGACCUGAAACAGUUAUUGGGACUGUUGGUGCCACUGACAAAGAUGAAAAUUCAGGCCGGUUCCAUUUCACUCUGCCAAAACUGAGCUUGAACUUUUCCCUUCAUGAUCACGGAAAUAACACUGCGGACAUAAAGCUGAAGCAAGGUGGUUUGAGUACAAAGCACUCAGUGGAACAUGUUCUGGAAAUCGAAAUCACUGAUGGAGAACUGAAGAGAAUUGAGCACCUCCAGAUUAAAGUGUGCACGUGCCAGACGGGUAGACGGGUGGAGUACUGUAAGGCCUUCGCCCAGUCCGGAAUGAGCUUCAGUGCCCUCUUAGCUAUUCUUCUCUGCAUCGUCACCAUCCUGGUCAUCGUCAUCCUCAUUGUGUUGCGGAAGCGCUAUCAGAAGGACGUUUUGGUUGCCAAGUCUUCUGGCGAUAUCCACGAGCAGCUGGUGAGAUAUGACGAGGAAGGCGGUGGAGAAAUGGACACAAAUGGUUAUGACGUCUCCCUCCUGUCCUCUGCUUGUCACGACAGCAGCUUUCGGCCUGGCACGGGGCCUUCAAUGUACGUCGUGGCAAAGACACCCUCUGCUUGUAAAGGGGACAUGGCCAUAAUGAUCGAGGAGAAGAAACAUGAGGCUGACCAUGACCGUGAUGGGAUUCCUUACGAUACUUUACACUUCUAUGGCUUUGAGGGACCUGAAUCCCUGGCCGGUUCCCUCAGCUCUUUGGAAUCAUCUUCCUUUGGGUCCAAUCUGGACUACGACUUCUUGCAUGAGUGGGGCCCUCGUUUCAGGACCCUGGCUCAGCUCUAUGGAGUAGACGGCUCGGACUCUGAUAGCUCCGAUUGAUCCUACUGAAGGCCUGGGUUAUCAGGUAGCCAUCGUCCUAGGAGGACACAUCAGCACGAUUGAGACUGCUGUCUCCUCUUCAUGGGACUUUUUGUAAGGGUCCUUUUAAGAAAGGGAUUAACAAGUGCCAAUACGUGUUUCCUCCGUGCAUUGUUAUGACAUUAUGAUGAGCACUACUGUAUUUGUAAUUUUCACAGAACAAGUGUAUGUUAGUAGAAAAAAUGCCUUGGGUUUUUCAGACUGGUUUUGUCCAGGUGGGUUUUGUAUAAAACAGCAUUGGACACUGGUUGGACAAACUCUCUGGUUCAUCCUUACAGCAAAUCUGAUUUAGUCUUUGUUUAUUUGUGAAGGAUUUUUUUCUUCUUCUUCUUUUAUUGUAUACUGUCUCAUGUGAAAACAUAAUUAUUUUACGUUUUGGCAACUUGGUGGUAAAUUCUUAUUCAUUUGUACAAUUAGAUUCAAAUGAAAAUGUCACCCAUCCCUGAAUAUAGGCAGGAACCUAAAACUGAGAUAAUACAAAUAAUAUGAAUUUGCAACCAGACUUAAAAGUUACAAGUAACAAUGAGACUGUGUUGUUCUUAAUAUUUUUACAUUGUUUUUCACAUAGCUAUUGUUUUCCUAUAAAAAUACUCAGCUUAUGAUUAUUUUCUUUUUAUUUUAUUUUCUUUUUUUUUUAAUGUAUACAAGUGUUUUCAAAGUGGAUUCAAAGUCAGUGUAAUUGCAGAGCCAGCAUUGUUCAGCAGACUCUUCUCAUCGGGAAAACUACUGUAUUGCCAUGGGAGCAACAGAGGAAGUGGUGAUAACUGUACUUUGAAAGAAUUAAAGGCUACUCCAAGAUUAUUUGACAGGAAUCAUCAGCACAUCUAUUGUUAUGAGUAAAGCCCAAAUCUCAAAGGUCCACCAUUAUAAGGCAAUUGCAGACGUCUCAGGAAACAUGCAGUGAGUUUAAUGUCUGUUGAAAUGUGAGAAGUGUAUAACUGUAUUACCAAGUGAAUCAAAAGUGUGGCUAUAUAUUUAACAAUGCCAUGUAACUUUUUAAAUAUUCUGAUGAUAGUUCCAACCAAAAUAUGUAGCAGGCCAGUCAGUGUCUUGACAAUAUUGUUUGUCUUUCAUUCGAGACUACUCUAAAUAGACAAGAGGAUCUACUUUCAUUGAAAAAUUGUGUAAACCAUCUUUAUACCUUAAAUAUUUACUUCUGUGCACAAACUGUACCCUGGUCCCCCAUUAACCAUUGGCACAAUACAAGGAAGCCACCUUCUCCCUUUCCUGUAGGGAAUUACAAUCCAAGCACUCUUCUCCCGUCUCGUUCAACAUGAGCAGCUCAGUCAGACUUCUCUCAGACUUCCUGUCCGUGUCAGCACAAGGGAACACACUUCCGGCCUCAUUAUCUUUUAAGUGAAGGAACAGAUUGAAACCGUUUUCCUGUUUUCUCGUCUUGGAAGGAUAAAGAAAGGAUAGCAGGAAAAUGUUAAAGAACAAUAUAAAUCAAGCUGUCUUGGUCACAAAGGCAUUGUCCUUCAAGACAAACGAUGCUGCUCUUGAAUGUUCCUUUUUUUUCACCAUACAAUCUUUUUAGAGAAAUUUCUUAUAAUUCUCAUGCGUUAUUCUGGAUGUAGAAUUAGAUGUUCAAUCACUAGAGUAUGCAUCUACUGGGCAAAUACUAUUACAGCUAAUGAAAAUCAGACUGCAAAUCUCCUCAUGAUGGAAAUGACCAUCAUGUAUCUCUAAUAAAACAACUGUACAGAAAGUUGAAGAAAAACUGGAAUCGUAACUAAAAUGGCCUUCAGUUGAUAGCCUAUGUGAUUUUUCGUUAUUGUUAUCAUAUUUCAUGUAUGCUUUGAAUUAGCAAAAAUUGGCAUUAUGGCCAGUUUAAAGUGUAUAGUGUGUUGAAUGAUCAUUUGUUUUAAUGCAUAAAAGUGUCUGAGAUUUAUUGGGAAGGUCCAGUAGUUGUCAGUGUUGGGCAGUCAGACUAAACAUUUCAGUAUGUGGUUCACUUGUGUGUGUUACAGUCUGGUGUUAAGAUGGACAAAAAUAUGUGCCUUUUUUCUAUUGUUUCCAUUGUUAGAAAUAUAAUUUUUCUGUUUGUGUGUGUUUUGAAACUGCCAAUUUUGUAUUUGAAUAAUAAACUUCCAUAAAAUAGUUAGUGUCCUUAACAUAAAAUAAAUUGAAGAAAAACAAAAA